AUGUCAACAAUAAAUUUGUCUCAUCCAAAGAAGAAUCACCAUCAUUCUCAUCAUCAUCAUCAUCAUCGUCAACAACAACAGCAACAUCACCAUUACCGUCAUCGCCAUCGUCACCACAAUUUAUCACGAUUACAACAACAACUAUCCAACAGUGUCUUCAUGACAACAUCUUCAAGAUCUACCACUCAACCUCAAUCUCAUUCGCGAUCUUCAUCACAAAUUUAUCCAACAACAGAUCCAUCUGAUGAUGAUAAUGAGAACAACAAUGAUUAUCAACCAAAUAAUAAUGAUAAUCUUUCAUAUCAACAAUGCGAAUACAUGGAAUCAUCGGAAUCAGGAAAUGAUGGUUAUGCUAGUAGUUAUAUGAAAUAUAUUCAACCAUCAAAAUUGUCAUUUAAAUAUAACAGACCACUAAAUGAAUUAUGUUAUCAGUCAUACUAUGAUAAUCAUACAAUUCCAUAUCAUUAUCAGUCAGAACGUAAAAUUGAUGAAAAUAAUCAUAUUGUGAUAAGAAAAAUUCGUAAUUUCUCGGAAAAUACAACAGCGCAUGGUGUACGACGAAUAUUUAUUGCUAGAAAUGCAUAUACUGCGCGACUAUGGUUAUUUGGAAUUAUUCUUUGCUUUAUUAUACUUAUUGUACAAGCAUAUCAAUUAGUAAUGAAAUUUAAUCGUUAUGAAAAAAUUACCAGUAUCGAACUUAAAUUUGAUUAUAUACAAUUUCCUGCUGUAACAUUUUGCAAUUUGAAUCCAUAUAAGAAAAGUUUAAUUCGAUCAGUACAAUCUGUUAAAGAUACGAUGGAUGUUUAUGAAAAUGCGAAAUCAUUUCGUAAAGUUCGCACAAAACAACAAUUACCAAUUGGUAUUAUUCGUAAACAAUCUAAUUAUCAAAAAGAGCAUUUAUCGCAGUUAUUUGACAGCAGAAUGAUCAAUGAUUUAAACAUUAAUUAUUUGGAAAAUGUAAAACGACAACGACAAGAGAGAAAUGUUAAAAAUAAUUUAUUUAAAAAUAAUGAUAUUAUUAUAACUAAUAAAAUUCAUGAAAUUAAUGAUGAAAUAUUAUCAUCAACUAAUACCCGUUUCAUUAGCAAUACUACAAAUAGUAAAAAUAAUACUAUAACAACAACUAAUAAUAUAAGAACAGCAACAAAAACUGCUGCUCUAACAAGCAGUAGUGAUUUUGCUAAUGUACUGGCAUAUAUGAAUGAUACGUUAAUUAAUGAUAUUAAAACAAUUAUAAAUGUAAAUGAUGCAACUGCAACAGUACUAAGGAGUAAACGGAUGGCAGAGACAAUGCGAUAUGAAGCAAUUGAAGCACAUUGUAAAUGUAUCGGUAAAUCAGAUAUGGAAUGUAUUCGAUUUGAAUCAAUGCCACCAUCUGAUGACAGUAAAUGCAUCUGUACGUAUGACAAUGAAAUGAACAUUGCUUGGCCGUGUUUCAAUAUAUCAAUAUGGUAUCAAGAAGAUUGUAUUAUAUGUUUUGAGGAUGGUUUUUGUGAGCCAAAACAAAAUUAUCUAUUUCAAAGUUCUAAUUGGCCUUGUUUAUGUCGGAAUCGUACCAUUGAUUCUCCCAACUUGAUUCUGCUCAAGAAACCGCACUGUCUUCGGAUGUUGAAUGAAGUGAAACAAUUGUGGGCGACGAAAUUGUAUCUGUCAACAACAACAAUAGCAACAACCAAAGAGACAACAACAGCGACAACGACGACAGCGCCAAAACAAUCAGCACGUGUUACUGAACCAGAAACUGUCAAAGCAAUGGGUUUUACGGGUAUGACAGAUGGUGUAGCUAUGUUGACACGUGCUAAGGAAAAUUUAAUUUUUACGAUGAGUGCAUUAUCAGAAGUACAACGAAUUGCACUGUCACAAUCGAAACGUGAAUUCAUUGAAAUGUGUUCAUUUGAUGGAAAAGAAUGCAAUAUUGAUACUGAUUUUAAACUGCAUGUUGAUCCGGCAUUCGGGAAUUGCUAUACAUUCAAUUGGGAUGUAAAUAAUAAUCAUUCAAGCAGUAAAGCUGGUCCAAUGUAUGGAAUCCGAUUAUUAUUAUUUGUGAAUACAUCAGAUUAUAUGGCAACAUCGGAAGCUUCAGGAGUACGAUUAGCAAUACAUAGUCCAACGGAUUUUCCGUUUCCCGAUACUUUUGGUUAUAGUGCACCUGUUGGUUUUGCUUCAUCAUUUGGUUUGAAAAAGCACGUUGUCCAAAGAUUAUCUGCACCAUAUGGUGAUUGUCAACGAGAAAAAAAAAUGAAUUCAAAUGUUUACAUUUAUGGCGGUUAUGAUUACAAUCCGGAAGGAUGUCAUCGAAGUUGCUUUCAAAACACACUGCUUAAUAAAUGUGGUUGUGGUGAUCCACGUUUUCCAGUUCCGAAAGGAAAAAUACAUUGCUCCGCUUUUAAUGCUACAACAAGAGGUUGUUUGGAACGCACAAUUGCGGAAAUCGGUGAUUUUCAUCACAUUAGGGAUAGUUUGACGGAUUGUCAAUGUAAGCAAUCAUGCGAACAUGAAAUAUACAGCGUCACUUUUUCCGCUUCUAAAUGGCCAUCCGGUGCUAGCGAUCUUGGAAAUUGUGAUCCAAAGAUGAAUGAUGAAGAAUGCAGAAGAUUUUAUAGAGAAAAUGCAGCAAUGGUUGAAGUUUACUACGAGCAGCUUAAUUACGAAUUGUUAAAAGAAUCUGAAGCAUAUGGUCUUGUCAACUUAUUAGCUGAUGUUGGCGGACAUCUUGGUUUAUGGAUGGGUUUUAGCGUAAUCACAAUAAUUGAAUGUGCGGUAUUAUUCAUUGAUCUCAUAACAUUAUGCUGUAAUAAGCUAAAAACAAAACAAGACUUUAAAAAAACAAUAACAAUAGGAAAACGGCAGAAGAAAGAUGAAGGAAUAAAGGAUGAAACGAAAUAUCGAGAAGCUAUCGAUGAAGAAAUUCCAGAAGGAAAUAAGAAAAAUGAUAAUUGUGAGAAAGCAGUUCAUGUUUAA